UCCUAUUUCAGAGAAAUCCUAAUUGAUUUAAAUAAACAACUAGCAAAAUGCCACGUAAAAGGAAAAGAAAAACCUCAAUAGGACAGAUUGAUUCAUUGGUAAUGAAGAGAGCAGCGGAGCAGGUGAUUCAUGAAGGCAAAAAACUGCGUACAACUGCAAGAGAAAAUGCCAUUCCCAAAACAACCCUAUCAAGGUACGUCAAAAAACUGAAGUUGAUGUCAGAAAGUUCUGUGUCCGACUCAGCGCCCUCAGAUAGCCUCGAGUAUUUUCGUCCUAACUACACGGUAAGAAGAAUAUUUUCGGAUGAGGAAGAAGGUGAGCUUUCGAGUUAUCUGCUACAGGCAUCCAGACACUACUACGGGCUUCGAAAAGACGAGGUUCGAGAGCUAGCGUAUGAAAUGGCAGUUAAAAAUGGAACAAACAUUCCGCGGUCAUGGGUUGAGAACAGUAGGGCAGGACGCGACUGGCUGUACGGAUUCAUGCAGCGUCAUCCUAAACUCUCUCUGCGCAAACCAGAAGCCACAAGUUUGUCGAGAGCUACCAGUUUCAACAGGAAAAAUGUUGGCGAAUUCUUUGAUAACCUUGAUUCCGUAAUGAAGCGUAACAAGUUUGAGCCAAAUUCCAUAUAUAACAUGGACGAAACCGGGUUAACUACCGUUCAAGUGCCGUCCAAGAUCAUUGCCGAAACAGGUAUAAAGCAAGUGGGAAAGAUUACUUCGGCCGAAAGGGGACUUCUUGUGACAAUGAUAGGCGCAGUCAAUGCACUAGGAAACUCCAUACCUCCGUGCUUCAUUUUUCUUAGAGUCAACUUCAGAGAACAUAUGCUGAGAGGUGCGCCACUUGGUGCAGCUGGGUUUGCAAACAAAUCUGGUUGGAUAAAUUCAGAAAUCUUUCUUUCAUGGAUGAAACAUUUUGUAAAACAUGCAAACUGCACACCUUCAACUCCCGCACUAUUACUAAUGGACAACCACAAGAGUCACAUCACGAUUGAUUCUCUCAAUUACGCAAAGGAAAAUGGUCUGGUUCUCCUCACAUUUCCACCCCACUGUAGUCACAAACUACAGCCUCUGGACAGAUCGCCCAGAACCAAAAGAAGAUGAUAGCGAAGAGUGUCAGGCUGCGCCAAGCAACGCCGAUGUAAGCUCU